CGAACGAGUCGCUGCUCACGCACCAGCGCUCGCAAGAUGCUAAAAGAGGACAAGCUGCUAACAUUAUCAGAAGCUUCAAGCAGGCUAUGUCGAAGCCUUCUGCGAUAACAUCGUCUAGACAGCUGUCACUUCGGGCUUCAAAUGUUGAACCGUCAAGCUCACGCUCGAGACAGACCUGGUUCAGCGUCAGGGUCCGCUUGCACGAUACCGGAGAGCUGUUCCUCGUUCCAAAGUGCAGCUUCAGUAUGAAGAUUAGAGAACUGAAGAAUGUUCUGGAACUGGUCGCUGGAAUACCCACAGAUUUCCAGAGACUGUGCUACCUGGACAAAGGUGUCUUGAUGGAUGAAACCUCAUUUCGAUAUAAUGGCAUUGUCCCUGGAAGCACACUCUCCUUGAUGAUCUGGCCCUAUAGUGGCUGGCCAGAGCUGGUCAAAGCUGCAGCCGCAGGCAGUGUGAAUACGCUGAAGAGUGUGGUGUUCAAACAAGCCCCCUUCUCUUCUUCUAAGUCCAAUGAGGCUGGCAGUUUGGCAGCAUCCUGGCUCUCCCACCGCCUCUUCUCCGCCCUCUUCAUAAGUGUUCACCGAGGACACCUGCCUGCCGUCCGCUUCCUGUUACAGAACGGUGCGGAUGUUCAGGCCCAGACCCCUAGGGGGCGUGCGGCGCUACACGCGGCGGCAUCGCGGGGCCAGGCUGACUGCAUGCGGGAGUUGCUGGCCAAGGGGGCGGAGCUGCACCUGCAGGACAGGGAGGGGCUGACGGCCAUAGGCGUGGCCAAGCGUCUGGGACAGGGGCGGAGUGUCGGCCUGCUUUUCCUGUGGGACUGGCAGCAGAGGGCUAAGGGCCUGGGGGCCACGCCCCCCCUGCAGGAGGGAGAGCUCUUUGCCCAUCAGUGUUUCGAUUCCUGCCUGAAAACUUGGCUGUGUGGGCCUGAGGCUCAGCAGUACAGAGCUGACCUGCAGGAGAGGGGCCGCCCCAGGGGCCCUGCAGGGGAGGGGCAGCUCCAGGGGGCCCUGCAGGGGAGGGGCAGCUCCAGGGGCCCUGCAGGGGAGGGGCAGCUCCAGGAGCCCUGCAGGGGAGGGGCAGCUCCAAGGGCCCUGCAGGGGAGGGGCAGCUCCAGGAGCCCUGCAGCAGAGGGGCAGCUCCAGGGGCUCUCUCCCAGGGCUCCUCUGAACAUGGACCCAAGAGGAUCCCAGAGAACCUUGAUGACAAGGACAGCGAAGAGUUCUGACUGCAAGAAGAGGAUACAGCAAAGCCCCCAAACAGGAGUUCAUAUAGUUGAAAAUGUGACUUUAUAA